AGAGAGAGAGAGAGAGAGAGAGAGAGAGAGAGAGAGAGAGAGAGAGAGAGAGAGAGAGAGAGAGAGAGAGAGAGAGAGCUCGGCUGUGUGUUGCUGAGCCGGGGGACCGUCGGAGCCUCUGCAGUAUCUGACCUGAAAAAAACACAACCCGCCACCGCUCCUGCCGCUGCUCAGAAAACCCACGACACGCGAACGCACCGGGCCGGGCGGGUUCUCCUCCUCCAGGUGUGUGAGGAGGAAGAGAAGAAAAAAAAAUCCUCCAGCGUCGAUCCGCCGUCAUUCGUGUCGGAGAUAUCACGGAGAAACCAGCCGCCGGUGAAAUAACACGGCCCCGGAGUCCCGGUUCAGCUCACGGAGGAACCACCGGGGAGCUGCGGAGGCGCAGGGCCGACAGGGAGAGCUCUGUUUGGGGUUCAUAUUAUCAGGUUCUUUUUCCGCCGACGGAUCGGUCGCUCGGCGCCGGAGCUCGGUGUUUACGCGGCGGCUGCAGAGAGAGCAGAGAGCCGGGGCAGAGGACGCGGUGCAGCGGGGAGGAGCGGCCGAGAGCCGCCGCCGCACGGAGCAGGUUUCUGGGGGAUUUUUGGCAGGAGGAGGGGGGGGGGGGUCGCGGUGCAGUGAUCCGAGAGAGAGAGAGAGAGAAGGACUCUCUACCGCCUACAUCCACCACUCACCCCCCCCCCCCCCCCCCCCACCUCCGCCUCCACCAAUGGGUUAAAAUCGGUUUGUUCCUCCAGAGAAGCCGCGCUGAGCCUCGGAGGGUCCGUCACACCUGCUCACACCUGCCCGCCCCGACCUGCAGGGGCUGUAGGAUGUAGGAACCAUCUGCCCCCCCCCCGCACCCCCCACCUCUGUCUCCCUGUAUCAUCAUCCUUUAAACACCCCCCACCCCCCACCCCCCCCCCCCCCACCCCACCCAGCGUCCCACCAUGCCGGCGGGGAUGAAACCGCUGGAGAAGUUCCUGAAGAAGCAGACCACGGCGCUGACCCGGGCCGGAGGCUUCGUCGGCGGGGUGGCGGACAAGGCCAGCGGGGGGACCGGGGCGUCCCGUCGGAGGGCCAGCCUGUCCCGGGUCGUACCGUUCUUCAGGGAGACAUCACCUGAGAGCGGCCAGGCUCGGGAGGUGUUCAGCCCCGACAGUGAGGACCCCCCCUCCUGGCCCUCAGCUACUGGGACCGGUCUGGUGACGGUGCCCAGCAGCGCUAACGGCUCCGGCUCCGGUUCCGGUUCUGGUUCUGGUUCUGGAGGAGGAGACGUCCGCAGUCCGUCUCUGUCCAGUGACGAGCAGAGCUCUGAGGCCAGCCUGAUCACAGAGACCGGAGGAGGAGGAGGAGGAGGAGGAGGAGGCGGGACUCCUCUUCACCCUGACACUCCAGACAACCUGACCCUCGCCGUGCUGGACAGCGUGGCGGGAAAACGUUACGGACACUGUACAGAAACCCUGCUGGAUGACUUCAUGUUGACACAUCCCAUCUUCCUGACGGCCGACAGGUUCCAGCAAGUUCUGCUGCAGCAAUUCAGUCUGGAGAUGGAGGGGAGGGGGAGAGAGAGGGGAGGCAGGGAGGGGGAGGCUGAGAGGAGAGAUGGAGGAAGAGGAGGAGAGAUGGAGGGAGAAACAGAAGGAGGGCUGGACGCAGCAGAGAGGAAGCAGGCGGUGCUGAACGUGGCGUUUAGAUACCUGGACACCUACAGAGAGCUGCUGCAGGAGGAGGGGGAGCGCAGCAACAGCUUCCCAAAGGAGCUGUACCUGUGUGCGGUCCAGGAGUUGAGCCGGUUCCCUGAGCUGGUGGAGGACGUCCUCAAACUGCAGAGAUGGACUGAGAUCUUACACUGCCCCUCUGAAGAGGAGAAGGAGAGCAGGAAGAAGCAGGUUCGCCCUCUGUUCAGACACUUCAGACGCAUUGACGCCUGUCUGCAGCCCAGAGAGGCCUUCAGAGGCUCCGAUGAGAUCUUCUGCCGGGUCUACACUCCGGAUCAUUCCUACGUCACCAUCAGGAGUCGCCUGUCCUGUCGGGUCGGAGAGAUUCUGGCUCUGGUCCGAGAGAAGCUCCAGUACAGUGAAGACCAACCAGUUCUGCCUGGGAACCUCAUACUGGUGGCCGUCACAUCAGCCGGAGAGAAAGCCGUGUUUCGUCCCAGCGAUGAAGCCGUGUUCACCACACUGGGAGUCAACACUCACCUGUUCACCUGUGAACCCUCCGAACUGGACUCACUGCUUCCUCUUCCUGAGGAGAUCCACUGGACGCCAGGGGACAGCAAACUGCACGACAUGUCCGCAGAGGAAGUGGCCAAUCAGCUGGUGGUGUUUGACUGGGAGCUCUUCAGCUGCGUCCACGAGGUGGAGUUUGUGUGUUACGUGUUUCACGGAGAGCAGUCGCGCUGGCGCCCCCUGAACCUGGAGCUGGUACUGCAGCGCUGCAGCGAGGUGCAGCACUGGGUCGCCACGGAGAUCCUGCAGUGUCAGUCGCUGCCGAAGAGGAUCCAGCUGCUCCGCAAGUUCAUCAAGAUCGCAGCUCUCUGUAAGCAGCAGCAGGACCUGCUGUCGUUCCUCGCUGUGGUUCUGGGUCUGGAUAAUCCCGCUGUCAGCAGACUACGACUCACCUGGGAGGGACUCCCGGGGAAGUUCAGGAAGCAGUUUCAGCAGUUUGAGAGCAUCGCAGACCCGUCCAGGAACCAUAAGUCCUACAGAGACCUGAUGACCAGCCUGAGACCUCCACUGAUCCCCUUCACACCUCUGCUGCUUAAAGAUCUCACCUUUCUUCACGAGAGCUGUAAGACGUUUCACGGCGAGCUGGUCAACUUCGAGAAGAUGCAUAAAGUGGCAGAGAUGGUGAGGAUCAUCAGACGGUACAGGAGCAGUCAGCUAGCCAUGGAUACGGAGACGUCCCCCUCCCACCUGCAGACGAAGGCCUACGUCCGCCAGUUACAGGUGAUCGACAACCAGAACCUGCUGUUCGACAUGUCCUGCAAACUGGAGCCCAAAGACACAUAAAGAGACGGACGGAGGGAGAGACAGAGGGACGGGAUGGAGAGGAAGACGUUUGUGUCCAGAAACAACCAAGCGAAGAAGCAAAGGAGGUUCAGGUAGAAAGAGAGAGGAGGGAAACAUGAGUCUCAUACUGGACCUGGAAAUCCAAAACCUCCUCUUCAUCCUCGUCUACCUCCAUCAAAAAAAAACAAAUAACAACAAAGGAAACACUUCUCCUCGCUCUGUUUAUUUUUCACUUCCUUUCAUUUUCUCUCUGUCCUCCUGUCUCAGCCCUUCCUCCUCCUCGUCUUCCUCCCUCAUCCCUCCUUCAGGAGGUCCAGUCCACAGCGCUGACACUAAAACACAUGUGGAGGAGGUUCGUCAGACUCGACCAAAACCUCAUCAUGUGGAAACACACGGACAUUUUUCACUCAGAGUUUGUGGUUAAACCUUCAGCAGCAGGUCGCGUUCGCUCGGCGCUGAACGUCCAUAAAUGUCUGCGGCGAGCGUUCAGGAACCUCCCACCAGCAGCUUUAAACGUGUUUGAGAACCUUUGUCCACAGCAGGUCUGAGACACAUCGCUGCUCCGGAGUCCGACCUCUGACCUCUGACCUGGUUCAUUUCCCCGAGGGCUCAGACACGACAAAGCUGAAUCAGGAAGUCACUGAAGAAGAAGAAGAAGAAGCGAAUACUCGGGAUGCUGUCGGACGUUUAAGAACGCUGGACUCUUCUGUUUUCGUCACGUUCUGUACUUUCCCGCCCCCUUGUCCCUCCUCAUGUGGCGGCUGACCAAUCAGACUAGAGACAAUCUGACCACCUGAGUGACACCUGUUGACCUUUGAACCCCAAACACAACAGCCCCCGCCCCCUGUGAUUUAUACAGCCAUCUGAAACAGUACCGUAUUGGUCCAAAGAUAAGAUAACAUUCUUCAUUAUCAGUUUAGAGCUGCAACGACUAAUCGAUUAAUUAAUCGAUUAAUAAAUUUUUUGAUUAACAGAAAAUUAAUUGGCAACUAUUUUAAAAAUCAACUUCUAGUUUCAGUCAAAAGUCAGUAAAAACUUCAGUGUUUCAGCUGCUUAAAUGUGAACAUCUGUUGCGUGUUGCGUCGUAAUGGUACAAUGACUAUCAGAGAAGACACAGCGUUUGAUGACGUUACCUCGGUCUUCAGCAAACUGUGAGAUCUGCAGAUUGAUCAAUAAUAAAAAUAGUCAUUAGUUGUGAUCCUCAUGGGUCGUUCGAAGCCUUCAGGUUUCUUCUAGUCCAUCUACAGAGUCUUUCAGAUUCAGUGUGGGAGGAGUUCCCGACGGCUCAUGAAAUCAGCUCUGUAUCACAGACAACUGGACACCACAAUCAAAGAUGGCCGAUGGCCGGGUUCACAGAGCAGAACCAAACAUCGACCGUCGUGGCGGGAAGCUCCAACGGACGAGAAGAUGAGAUGAUCCGACAGUCUGACAUCAUCAGAGAGCGACGAUGACACUGAUCCACAAGCUGCACAUAUGUGGGACGAAUAUCUCCGGGAAACUUUCCCCAACAGUUUCAGUCCGACAGAAGAGUUUCAAUUCUUCCUAAAGUCUUUUUCCAGAAGCAGGUGUUGGAUAAAAAGGUGUCGUCUUAUGUUUGGACCAAUACAGUUCUUCUGCAUUAAGCAUCUCUAUUAAUCUGCGCAGAGACGAGUGAAAUAUAAGUCCACAUCUCAACAACACAUCGUACGGCCAACAGGCUGACUGGAAACCCUGGAACUGAACUGGACAUAUUAAAAUCCCGCCGUACAAGGACGAGCAAAAAACACCACGUUAAGAUCUACAAACAACAGACGGAGAGAAAUGUUCCGACCUGAGGACGUCGCCGACAGACGAGCGAUUCUCUCAGAGACGAGUUCAAAGACAAAAAUCUCUGCAGGAGAUUUAGGAGUGAAACAAAUCGUGACACUAAACCAGUUUCUGUGCAGCUGGAAGCGACUGCACCACGUCUCAAACGGUGGCGUCUGAAUACGAGUUUACACCCGAGUCUCCGGCGCUCAGAAACCUGCGAUCUGGAUUUCAUGAGUAUAUUUUUCCAUCAAAUGACUGAACUCUUUUACAGAGGACCACAUUAUGGAUCUGUACCUGAACUCACAGUACUGGUUGUGUCCAUGGUUUACAUCAGUGGUAAGGGCUGUUAGGCCGACCUCUGACCUCUGACCUCUGACCUCUGAUCAGUGGUUUCUAUCAGCUGCCAUAUUUCACACAGAGCAAUCAGGAACUAGUUUCUAUCUGAACCCUUCAUAUUCCUCCAGGAUUGAACCUAAACAGUGAUGUUGUGUUCACUGACAGUAUCUGUGACGGACUUACGGACACUUGUCACGGUGCGUUCACGGACAGUCAGGACGCUGGACGAGAGUGUGUAGAUGCUGGUUUUCUACCGAACGUUUCAGUCUGAAGACAUUGACGAACUCUUUUAGUUUCGGGACUUUGAUGAUGAACAUUGUCAUUAAACGUCUCUCACGGCGUUUUAAUUCACAGCGUUUUCACUUUAAAGGACCGCGCUGCUGUUUUCGUAUGUUUUCACCCUUUCACGUCAAAUCAUGAACGCAGCGCUGAGAACGAAUUCAUUUCUAGAGAACUCAACUUGCAUAAUCUGUAAACCUACAGCCGGACUGAUGUUAAUUUACCACAAAUCAUAAUCAAUUCUUUUCUCAUGAACCCAAAAUAUUCAGGAGAGAUAUAAAAAAAAAUAUUAAAAAACGUUGAGAGAAAUAAGUCAGGUUUUAGUAUUUCAAAAUAAAGCUGUAAUGUUAUGAAGAAGCAGCCAUAGUAGUUGAAGAAAAAGAGUUUUCAUUUUACUAAAAAAGUUGUAAGUAAAUAAAAAGCUGCAGCUUUAUUUGAAAAAUCUUGAUAUUUCAAGGAAAAGGAAAAAGUUCACUUUAAUAAUUGGUCUUAGUAUCUGAAACUGGGAGAGAGGAUCACCCUUGUAAAAAUUUGCCAGCUCGCCCUAAACCAGUGGUUCCCAACCUGUGGGAGGGGGCCCACUGGUGGGCCGCGAAGGUAUAGCAAGCGGGUCGAUCAUUUACGAAAUGGUGCGAUUUUGGUCAAAAAAAGAAACAUUUUAAAAACUCUUCUCGUUGUUUUUUCGUUUUUUUCAUAUUAAUUCUUAUCACUGUGAUAAUAUAAUUACAGGAACUUUUAUGUUGUCGCCAGCCGGACGUCUUUGUAUGUACAGCUGGUUAGCAACAGGAAGAAUUAAAAGGAAAGACACAAGAAGAGACAGAUGGUGACUCUUCCUCUGUUUUCAGUUCAUUCCUGAACGUUCGAUCGUCACCAUUAAAAUAAAAAGUUCUCAGAGACAAUAUUUGUCCUGACGAGGUUCGAUGUUAGGCGCCAACAUUUUUGAGAUUUUCAAGUGGAACAUGAGUUAGAAAAGGUUGGGAACCACUGGUCUAAACCUGAGAAGUUGUUGGAGAAGAUAAAAACGUAACAUCCAGCUCUUAAGAAAAACAAAAACAUGAUCACAUUUGUAGAGAAAUGAAGUUGAAGUUACUGGUGAAGUUUCGUCUUCAUUGACGAACUGCAGCGUUUCUUUGAGCGGCAACUGUCCGUCAGUGAAUCGCUCCAUAAACCUUGAAGGUAAAUCAUUUAAUCAGCUAAUGGACACUUUUUAUCAUCAACCCGCACUGACACUUUCUUGUGCUCUCGUAGUUUUCAGUAGAUUCAUGAUUCAGUCGGUUUGUGCAAGUUGAGUCUUGAAAUGUAUGAAAACUGUUUGUCUGGAAAACGUAAAAACGUGAGGUUUUGUUGGAGAAAAUGGGUGAAAACAUGCAAAAACAACAGCAGCUGAAAGUGAUCAUGAGCUGAUCGAACUGAUAAUCACGUGACAGCCAAUCAGCUGUUUACAGGACGACAUCAGACCAGAGAGACAAACACAAACAUCGACAGGAGAACUUUAUUUUCUCAGCGAUUGGGGAUCGAACCGUCGUCACAUCUGAACAACCAAUCCUCUUCGAAGGACGGACCCGAUCGGCCCCCCGCAGAGCCGCCCUGCCGUUGGUCAGUUCGACGUUACGGCGGGCGGAGGUCCGAGGCAAUAACAGAGCGACAGGAAGUGAAGCUGGUUUGUCGACUUCUCGCAUCAACGAAGCACUUUUGCCGAACCUCAGGGCUCAGAGACACAGAGAGGUUUUAUUUACUCUUUAUUCUCGGUUUUCAGUAGAGUUCAGUUCAGUUGAGUCCAGUUGUGUUGCAAUCGAUUGAUUCUGUGUUUGUACAGCUGAUCUCACUUCAGUCAUAUUUACUAUAAUAAUAGAAAUUUAUAGAGUUGUUGUUUUUAUGCUGUGAUCUCCACCAGGUCUGAGUCCAGGUUUUCCACACUGAGACUUGAUUUGAGUUUUUGAGCAACAGAUCAAAAAAGAUAAAAGAAGAGAAACUCCAUGUGAAGUUGAAUUAAGAGUUUCCUUAUCACACCUGGGACAGAGACCUGCUUCAUGAAGAACACAAGUGUGUGAUUAUUUGCAUGUGAUGAGAAAGUGCGAGGCAACUUAAAAAGUCAUGAUCCUCCAUCAGUGCAACAAUCUGAUGAGGUCCAGGGCCGGAGUUUGGUUUGUGUCAGCUCAGGUCCCAGGUGUGCAGGAAAAGGAAACUGUACAAAGGAAAAAGUUGAGUUUAGUGUUUUAUUUCUUAUGAAUUCAGCUUUUACCUUAGAAAAUAAGUAGUUAUGCAUUUACAGACUUAAGAAAGAAAAUAAGAUUUUAGGGCUCAGCUGAAGACAAAAUGAUGGAGGUUUCUUCUUUUUUUUUUGCAGAGCACUGAAGAGUUUCACUACAAGAUGUUGUGUCAAAAAAACAAAAACAUGCUGUGAAUCUCUUCAUGAAAAUUCAUGGAUAUUUCUUCCUGCUGACAAAUCCAUAAUAGUUUGAGAAAAUUUAAAUUAAGUUGAAAUUUAGAGGAAAAAGUCAUAGAAUUUUUUUUUUAUCGAAAAAAUAAAUAAUUAAAUUAAUAGCAUUAAUUACAUUAACAAUCCCUUUCUUCAAAGAGCCCCUUCAUUAUAUCGAACCCUCAUUUAACAAUUUAUAAUCUUUACAUGAGUCAGAGUAAUUUUCACAGUCGGACUGAAACUCUUCAGUGCUUCAGGAUCAGGUUUGUAAAAUUUAUCUGAAAAGGUGUAAAUGGUUUGAAAAACUGUUCUGUGCUCAGCUCUGGUGGCCGGUGAGACUUUAUCAUUCUGCAUCUGUACCAUAACAUCCUGUUCGUAAAAGCUCAGUGAGGCUGAUCCCGUCCAGAAACAACACCUCUCACACAGACGACCUUUCAGCAGGUCCAGGUCCAGGUCCAGGUCCAGGUCUAGGUCUGACAACUUAAAAUUAAAGGUGGUUUAAAUAUUUAUAUUAUAUUUCACAGCCUAGCUUUUAAUUCGAUAAAACUGGGGCUUUGUAGAUGCAGUGUAAACAGAAUUGAAAGAAAACAAAACAAUUGUUUCAUUGAGUGUAGUCUGUUUCACCUGUGACCACACCCACCAGUGAUGUCACGGUGUACUGACCACACCCAGAGUACAAGUCUAUGUCACUGCAGCAAAGUGAAAACGACAACAACCGAGAUUUUCACCUGGAGUUUGAAGCUUUUUUUGAAGUGCUUCAGUCAUUUUACAGAAAUGGUGUCGGCUGUGAAGGAGCAGUCCGACAUUCGUCCCUCAGUUUAAUUUGAAAUAAAACCUCAGGACAGAAGCAGAAUAAAAAUCAACAUGAUGUGUGAACUGAAGCUGUUUGAUUCUGGACGGGACACAACCAUAAAAACUUCACUUUGACAAAACUUUAUAUCGAAUACAGAGUCUUAAAACCGUCUUGUUCUCAAAACUGAUAAAGAAAUCGAGUUUGAAUUUCCAGGAACAUGAGUUUCGAGAACUACUCUAAACACAAAAAUGAAUUCGUUCAAGUUCAAACUUCAGACAACACCAGUUCGAGUCUGACCUCUCGAAAACACAAGUUCAUAAACCUUAACUCACAAGUUUAAGUUUGUCCUUCCAAGAUCUCCAGGUCUUGGUUUGAACUCCAGCUAGAACUCCCAUUAACACCAGUUUGAAGUCCUAAGAACUCCAGCUCAAAUGCCAUUAGUUUAAAUCCCAAAACCAGCGGCUCUAGAGAGGCCAGUUUCUCUUAGUCGUUGAGCCGUUAGAAGAAUAAUGUGAACUCAAAGUGAGUUUUCAGGACUCUGUGUUUGAUAUCAAAGGUCCUGUCGAGGAGACGUUUGCGGCGGUUUGGUCGGGUACAAAGUGUGAAACCCAGUGAAGAUGACAUCAUCACUAGUCUGGCUCUCUCAGGACCACUUCCUGGGUGUUGGGUGUUUCAUUAUGGAUCCCACCGAAGCCCUGAACCCGAACUGUCUCUAAUCUUAACCCAAACAAAACCAUCCUCAUCAAACCUAAUCUAAACUGACCAAACCGUCUGGCUUUUCGGGCCAAUCACAGCCCUGUAAUUCUGCUGGGAUCCAUAAUUUCGGGAGGCGGCGGCGGCGGCUCGUCCGCCGUGUCGCCUGUAUGAAAACACUGAAAAAAUAAAUAUGUGUAUAUAUUGCAUCCUGUAAAUAGGCAAAUACUAACGAAGACUCUAUUUUAUGUAUGAGCUGAGAGAGAGAGUGACGCUAACUCAAGGACAAAUAUUUGAUUUGGUGUUUUUUAUUUGCAGAAGUGAGAGAACGUGUACAGUGGUGGCAGGAAGAGAAAGAGAUGAUGAUGAAUUUAUCACUUUAUGAAUUGUACAGUUAAAUUUCUUCAGUUGGAUUGUUCUGUUGUUUUCUAUCUAAAGCUUGGGGUUGUUUGUUUGUUUUGUACAGAAGUGGUUGUUUACAUCGAUACAAGUCCUUAUUUCUGUGAACGUCAGACAGACAACGUGAUUGGAGCAGAGGUCUGGCAGGGGGCGGGGCCGGGAGGGUUGGUGUCAUGUUACAAAAUAUUCCUGACAAACAACAAAAAUAAUAAUUAGAGGAUUAGUGCAGUGUAUUGUAACGAAAGAUGGAGAAUCAAAGCAAAGUGGAAAAAUAAAUAUCUUCAGGACAAAUUUUAACAUUUUGAGAAAAAGAUCAUAAUAAACCAGAAAAAAGUCUUAAUUUUUCAAAAUUAAAGUUCGUAAUAACAUAAAGUUUUCAUUUCAUUAGCACAAUUUUAUUAAAAAUAUAGUUGUAAAUGUCAAUAUUUUAAGAUUAAUGUCCUAAUUUAGAGAAAAAGUCACAUUAUGAGCUUUAUGAGGUAAAUUGUAAUAUGAGAUAAAUUUGUAAUUUUACAAACGUCAUUAUGUUAUUUGAAGAGAAAUUGUAAAUUUAUGAGACAAAGUCCCAAUAUGUAUUAUUUACCUGAAAAUAUUGGAUUUUAAUCAGAAAAGAUUAAUUUUAUUGGAAUAAGUCGUACUAGAAAAGAAAGAAAUAAAAGUUGGAAUUUUAUGAGGGAAAUCAUGAUAUUUAAAGUUGUUAUUUUGCAAGACAUUAAAUGAUAAUUACAAUAAAUAAAUAACAUUCUCUUCUGUCUGUUCUUGAAAAUGAUUUUCCUCAUACAAUUACAACUUUUCUGUUUGUCUAACUCUUGUAAAAGUAAAACUUUAUUUUUAAAAUCUGUAUUAUGAAUUAUAAUACGACUUUUUCUUCAAAUUUUAUGUUUUUUUUCUCAAAAUUAUCACUUUGUUAUUGAAAUCACAGAUUUCUCUUUUCUGUAUCGAGGCUCUGACUCUGGCUGGUAGAGAUUAUAGACAUGUUUUAUUUAAAGUUAAGUUGCCAAUGAGACAUUCAGGUGUUUCCAGAUUUGCAGUUUUUCUGAGAAGUGAACGAGAGAAAAAGUACAAACCAGUUUAUGUAAAAAAUGUAAAAAGUAAAUACAGAACAGAUUUUUAAGUUCAGCGACUUAAAGAGUUGAUGUUGAUGGAAAUCGAAUUAUUGAGAAAGUUAUUGAUUAUUCUGAAUCUAAUUGAAGUUGAAGUGUUCAUUCAGGUGAAGUUUGUAAAGUGACUUGAAGUCCAGCUGAAGUGAUUGAAAGGUCUGGGUGUGAGUGUGGCUCCUGCAGACCUCUGCUCUCUCUGCUGUUGCACUACAGACACUGAAAUAAAACCUCUGGACAACAACAACA